AUGAGCCCACCAAAACGCGAAGAUGAACCCGUGACGCGGAGAAAGCUGGCUCCGCCUAUGCCCGCAAGUUCGCAUUCUACCGCUAUCCCCAAAUCGAAGCGCCGUCGUACCUUUAAGAACCCGAUUCGGAGCAGCUCAUCUCGGUCUUCGCGGUCGAGAUCGAGCCCCUAUGACCGUCCUUCUAAUUCGCCCACACCUAGAAUCUCGCGCCCGCAUACUUCCCGCAGGAUGUUGUCUCUCCUAGAGGCCCUGCCCGUUGAGAUCAUCGAGCAGAUCUUCCUACACUCGCUCAAUCUGAACUUCCCUCGAGCUUCGCCGUUCCUAUCGCGCGCCCUCUCCGGUGAACACAUAUACCGCGCUCUCAUCCUUCUUGCGUUCUGGAACGAUGCGCUCGAAAACCCCCGCAGCAAGGUUAUCGACCGCAUGAUGGUCCCGCUCGACUACGUUCCCCUCACACUGGACGAGCGCGCCCGCUUACAGGAAGCCGUCUUCAAAUGCAGGUGGUGUACCGUGGACCGCGUGCGCGACCAGGUUCCAACAAUGCAGAUCCUCACCAUCUACCGUCGCUGGAUCAACGCCGGUAUCGUGACGGAUGAAAGCGAGCGGGCUGCCCUUGAAAAGUUCAUAGCGCGUAAGGACGACAGCGUCCGCGUAUUCCAUGGGAAGGGCGGGCCGAUGAGGGAAAUCGCUUGCAUGCCCCCGGAGUUCUUCCGGAUGGCCCCGAACGCAGCGACAGGGAUCCAUGAUUACACGCUCCAUGUCCUGCCGAUGGUCACCACCGAGCUUCAAUGUGUGGAUGUAGGAUUGACCGUCAACAUGCCCGCACUGGACCUGUGCAAAUUUCCACCCCAUCUCCUCCGCGGCCGCAGCAACGGUUUCCCCCCAGAAGACGUUGCUUUCCUGGAGAUGCUGCGCAUGACCUCGUGCAAUUGGACCCAUGGAAAGGGCCAAUUAUCGCCCUCGACCCUGACCGAAGUCGACCGCAAAGCCCUGCACGAAGGAAUCCAGAACGCAAUCCGUCACCAGAACUUCAACGCCAUGAUCUCCCUCCUCAAAAUCGACGAGUUCCUCUGCCGCUACAAAUCAGAGAACCAGGGCCGCGGCGUCUACUAUACCAUCCCAUCCGAGCACUUCCUCGCUGUGACCCGCAUCGGCCGCGACAAGCCACACCUCAACUUGGCUUUCUUCGAGGCUCUCCUCCGUGCUAGUGCGGAGUCUUUGCCUAGCUGGUCAUCCGAGAUCACGAAGUGGACUGUCGAUAAUAUGGAACUUGCGAGGACGAACCCAAAUACCUACAACGAGAUGAAUGGGAAGUUUGCGCGCUGGUUGUCGGAUUUCCUGCUGCGUCUCCCUGCGCAGGUUGAGUAUGCUCAUGGUUUCCCGACUGGUCAGCUGUUCUGUAAUGGUCAGUUGGAUAUCCUGGAUCUCGAGGGCUCGCGCUUUGUCGAUGAGGUUCUUGAACCCUUCCGGGAACCAUUGGGGAAUUGGAUGAUGGAGAGUUCGUUCCGGACUGAGGAUCACUGGCUGAAGAAGUUCGGCCCUCCUCUUCCUCCGUGA